AUGCCUCAAGGGACAGUGGAAGUUUGUGCUCUUUACGACUACUCUCCCUCUCACACAGAUGAGCUGUCCUUCAAGAAAGGUGAUAUUCUUACUGUCCUGCGUCUCUUGGACGGAGGCUGGUGGGAAGGCUCUUUAAAUGGCAUGGUUGGAUGGUUUCCAAGUAACUACGUCACUCUCGUCCCCGACGCAGCUAAAAAGCCUGAAGUGCCAAAUUGCAACGAACCCAUUCUGCUGCAUCUGCAGAGUUUUCAGGAUGAAAUCGUGCAGCACAUACUAGAAGGAGAAAUUCGACAUAUAAAUGAGUUGACUAAUUUGGUUCAUACGUUUCUCGUAAACUUGGAACCAUUGGAUAAUUUGCAUUUUGUCAGUUCCAGCGAAACCAAGCGAGUAGGCAAGUUGUUCCUUGAUUUUGCGCCUACUAUGAACUCCAUUGGGUGCGAUUACUCGAAGGUUCACCUUUACGUUUUGACCGGAAUGGCUAAGGAGUCUGAAGCGAUCGCACGUCAUUUUUCCUCCGUUGGGAUGCGUUUUCAGAUGGAUCGCUGUAGUCAACAGCUUUGCCUGAUUUUCGAUCGCUUGGGCCGCUAUCCACUACUUCUAAAAGAAGUGGAACGUUACUUAGAGAACCCUCACGUUGACCGAGAUGACAUCCAGAAGGCAAUGAAUGUUUAUAGUGAAAUAGCGGAACGCUGUGCAAUUCUGCGAAAAUUCAAAGAAUACGACAUUGAAAUUUUGCUAUCUGUGAUCAAUGGAUGGCAAGGGCCUAGCAUUGCGCACUUGGGCGAUCCCAUUCUGACUCUUCGUGUAGUCUUGACACGCGUCGAGGACAGUCCUGACCAUCCUUUACCUAAUGUGCCUACUUCUCAGCCGAUACCCAACGGUCGGCGCUCUGUGUUGGUUAUCUUUCCUACUUGUGUUCUUCUACUUGCGCGUACAGCGCAACCGAAUACAUAUGAGUUUAUGACAAAACUCACCUUAAACCGGCUGACUGUGCUAAGAAGCAUGGACAAGGAGACGGAUAUCAAUCUGAUCACAGCCUCAUCUUCGAUGAAUUCGAGGGACUCUGUUCGGCAUUGCCGCUUCUCUCUCACAUGUACGGAUCAGAAUGCCCGGGAUCUUUUAUUUUCCACCUUGACCGACUUGAUUCAUUAUCAGACGCUCGUGGAACAGCCAUCCGACGGUCGUGGUGUUCGUUCCAGCGUUCCAGCCUUAUCCGACUUGACUGAUGGCUGUCCCAGCUCCCAACAAAAGGAUAAUAAAUCAGCAGGCCCGUCGGACGCGUGUUGCGAUUCCACGAACUCCGAUGAAACCCAGAACGCUCCUCUCACUGCACCACGCAAAAGCACUAGCCCGCAAACAUCGUCUGUCUCCCAUUCUGGUUCUAAUCCGCACUCCAGUCUAAACGGUGGUACUCCAGCCUCAAUCACAGGUUUUGUACCACCCAUGGAAGCAACUACCGCUGCACCCCCCACAUCGGAUGUCCUAUCGUCUUCAACUCAACACGCCAAUGCCCCAUCCACAAAGACGGACUGUUCGCUAAGUUGCCGGCCGCUUCCUCCUCAACUUCAUACGGAACUACAUUUUCUUCCCCACCAACUCACAACGCAUGCUCACGUUCAGUCCUUAGUCGCUCUUGAACAUCGGGCAGAAGAAAAUGCACGGCCCCUACCACCUGGUGCUCUGCGGUGUCUUCGUCUAGAUGGCCCAUUACCCAUGCUGCGGAGUAACUGGCCUCAACGCGUCCACUCAUCUUACCUGCAUCCCAGUGGUCCUUCUCCUUUCGUGCCGGGUACCCAGAAAAGUGACGUCGAGAUUCACCGUGCUGGCCGCCCACGGAGCCCGAAAGAAGACGCCAUGAAGGAUCAUCGUCGGAAAAAAUCAGGUUUGUCUGCUUCGUACUACCCACCAGUCUACUGCUUCGACUCCUCAACUGUCUACUUAGCUUGUUAA